UGAUUUGACAUUUGCAUAUGAUCACCAGUCAGACGAUAAGGGGAUCAAGGGUGAACUGUCUUCGACUUUAUAAGUCACUUGUACGUAGGAUAGGACAGACGGCAGUCGCAUUUUCAUUAGUAACCGAUCAACAGCUACAGGAUGUCCGCUACAAUAACUCAACAAAAUCGUGACCAUGCCAUGUUGCUGGACCCAUCGGAACAAUUGCGACCUGAGCCGAUAUACUCUGGAAAAUUGCAGAGAGAAUUUCGCAAUUACGAGGUAGAUAAUGAAGAUCCUAUCAAGGAACGCGUUCGCAAAACCUACGAGCAGAUGCACACCAAUCAAACCGUCGAGUUCGUGAAAUCUCGCAUGAAAGAAUGGUUGCAAUUUAAUAAAUUCAAGAUGACGAUAAAGGACGCUUUGCUCAAACUGAAUGACCUCAUUGACGAAAGCGAUCCAGACACUAAUCUGCCUAAUAUCGUUCACGCGUUUCAAACUGCAGAGUCUAUCAGGAAGAAGCAUCCAGAUCUAGAUUGGUUUCAUCUCACCGGCCUAAUUCACGAUCUUGGAAAAGUGAUGGUGUUUUACGGAGAACCUCAAUGGGCUGUAGUGGGUGACACGUUCCCUGUCGGUUGUGCCUGGGGUGAUUCAAUCGUGUACAGAGCAACGAGUUUCGACAAUAAUCCUGAUGGCAAAGACCCGCGUUACAAUACGAAAUAUGGUAUGUACAAACCCAAAUGCGGAAUAUCUAAUUUAAUGAUGUCGUGGGGCCAUGACGAGUACUUGUAUCGAUUACUUGUAUAUAACAAAAGUAAAUUACCGAAGGAGGCUUUGGCUAUGAUCCGUUAUCAUUCUUUUUAUCCUUGGCACGCCGGCGGUGAUUACAUGUACUUCUGUACUCCGGACGAUAUUAAGAUGUUAAAAUGGGUUGUGGAAUUUAACAAAUUCGAUCUUUAUACUAAGAGCGACGACGUACCCGACAUUGAGAAACUGUGGCCCUACUAUGAGAAAUUAAUCGAUAAAUACAUUCCCGGUGUGCUCGAGUGGUAAACAGUAUCUUCUUGUUUCGAUUUUUAUAACAUUUAUAUUUUAAAUCCAUUGAUAUUUUAAAUGAGUAUGUUAUGCGCAAAUAAUAUGAAUUUAUUUUAUUGUUAGACGCAUGCGUGUUACAUAUAUGUAUGAUAAAAAGAGAAGAGAAUUCUUUACAAAAAUUUAUAAUAUAUUUUAAUGAAAGACUAAUAUAUAUAUAUAUAUAUAUAAUAUUUUUAUUGAUGAGAGCACAAUUAGAGAGCAAGUAUAAUGUAAACAAAGAGAGCAAAUAUAAUGUAAAUAACGUUAAACUUAUAAACAAAUCUAAACAAAUGUCAAAUAUAAACGAAUAUAAAUGAAGUCCCCAAUAAUAUUAGCUAAGAGUUUGCUGUAUUUCUCGAUAUAUAUAACUCGCGAGACUACAAAGAAAUAUGAUACAUAUUUUAAUCGCGAGUAUAUGUGUUUAUUAUACAAUAAUAGUUUAUGGCAUUCUUCUGCGAAAUUCUUCAUGCGCGAUAUGUGAAUUCCAAGAUUCCGGUACGCAGUUGGCGGAGCGCUCAAAAAAACUUACGCGCAUUCCGAAAAUAUACGCAUUCAGGUUUUUAGGCGCAUAAAAUUGAUUAGGCCUACGCGUUGGUUAACGCGAUGAUAAAGAUCGCGCUUGUCUCGAUUAGAUGAGUAAUCCGUCCGUUAAAUGAUACGCGCGAAGGGGAGCUUGACUCACGCGGGCCAGGCAACUAUUUCGAACGAAGGAUUCGUUCUUUCCAAGGACUGAUUUGUUAAUAUUUAUCAGUGUACAUGUUCAGAAAAUAGAUUAUGCGUAAGGUCGCGCGCGCGCGUGUUACGCGUGGGAUAUUAUAUAAUUCUUUUAUUAUCAUAUAAUUAAAUAACAUAGAAUUUAUUUGCAAAUACAUAAUUAAUUAAUUCGAUAUGGUACAAUAUAAAUUGUUUUAUUGUACACAAUGAUUAUGUGCAGACUGUUUGUUUUAUUAGUGGCCAUAAUAAACGCAUUUGGCGAACAUAAUGACA